AUGAACACGGCCCUGCGCUUCGGCCAGCAGCAGCUGGCCGGCGCAACUCGUCAGGCCAAGCGAGUGACCCCUGUCAGCAAGCAUGCCGGCAGCUCGCGGCGCGCGGUGCAGGUGCAAGCCAGGCUCGGCAGCAGUGGUGGUGCCGCGGCCUCCUUCAUGGGCGCCCGCGUGGCCUCGCCCCUGGCGUCUGGCCAGCGUAGGAGCGGUGCCAGGCGCGCCGUGAGGGUGAACGCCAUGUUUGAGCGCUUCACAGAGAAAGCGAUCAAGGUGGUCAUGCUCGCCCAGGAGGAGGCUCGCAGGCUCGGCCACAACUUUGUAGGCACUGAGCAGAUUCUUCUUGGCCUGAUCGGCGAGUCCACGGGCAUCGCUGCCAAGGUGCUGAAGAGCAUGGGCGUCAAUCUGAAGGACGCCCGCGUGGAGGUCGAGAAGAUUAUCGGCAGGGGCUCAGGCUUCGUGGCAGUGGAGAUCCCGUUCACGCCGCGCGCCAAGCGCGUGCUGGAGCUGUCUCUGGAGGAGGCGCGGCAGCUGGGCCACAACUACAUCGGCACCGAGCACAUCCUGCUGGGUCUGCUGCGUGAGGGCGAGGGCGUCGCGGCACGCGUUCUUGAGACCCUGGGCGCUGACCCCUCCAAGAUCCGCACCCAGGUCAUCCGUAUGGUGGGCGAGAGCCAGGAGGCGGUCGGCGCGGGCGUGGGCACGGCCAGCGGCGGCACCAACAAGAUGCCCACGCUGGAGGAGUAUGGCACCAACCUCACGCGCCAGGCGGAGGAGGGCAAGCUGGACCCCUGCGUGGGCCGCAAGAAGGAGAUCCAGCGUGUGAUCCAGAUCCUGGGUCGCCGCACCAAGAACAACCCCUGCCUCAUCGGCGAGCCCGGCGUGGGCAAAACCGCGGUGGCGGAGGGCCUGGCGCAGCUCAUCGCCAGUGGGGACGUGCCGGAGACGAUCGAGGGCAAGCAGGUGGUGACCCUGGACAUGGGCCUGCUGGUGGCGGGCACCAAGUACCGUGGUGAGUUUGAGGAGCGCCUCAAGAAGCUGAUGGACGAGAUCAAGCAGAACGACGACAUCAUCCUGAUGAUCGACGAGGUGCACACCCUCAUCGGCGCGGGCGCGGCCGAGGGCGCCAUCGACGCCGCCAACAUCCUGAAGCCCGCGCUGGCGCGUGGCGAGCUGCAGUGCAUUGGGGCCACCACGCUGGACGAGUACCGCAAGCACAUCGAGAAGGACCCCGCUCUGGAGCGCCGCUUCCAGCCCGUGGUGGUGCCUGAGCCCACCAUCGACGAGACCUACGAGAUCCUGCAGGGCCUGCGCGAGCGCUACGAGUCGCACCACAAGCUGCGCUACACCGACGACGCGCUGAUGGCGGCCGCCAAGUUCAGCAGCCAGUACAUCAGCGACCGCUUCCUGCCCGACAAGGCGAUCGACCUCAUCGAUGAGGCCGGCAGCAGGGUGCGGCUCAGGCACAUCCAGCUGCCCGAGGAGGCGCGGGAGCUGGACAAGGAGCUCAAGCAGGUGACCAAGGACAAGGACGCGUCGGUGCGCGGCCAGGACUUUGAGAAGGCGGGGCAGCUGCGCGACAGGGAGAUGGAGCUCAAGGCCAAGAUCAGCGCCAUCAUCGCGGGCGCCAAGGAGACCAGCAAGGCCGAGGCCGAGUCGGUCGAGGGCGGCGGCCCGCAGGUGACUGAGGCGGACAUUGCCAACAUUGUGGCGCAGUGGACGGGUAUCCCGAUCGAGAAGGUAUCCAGCGAUGAGACCGAGAGGCUCAUCAAGAUGGAGGAGGUCCUCCACGGCCGCGUCAUCGGCCAGGACGAGGCAGUCUCCGCCAUCGCGCGCGCCAUCCGCCGCGCGCGCGUCGGCCUCAAGAACCCCAACCGCCCCAUCGCCUCCUUCAUCUUUGCCGGCCCCACGGGCGUGGGCAAGUCGGAGCUGGCCAAGACGCUGGCCUCGUACUACUUCGGCAGCGAGGAGGCCAUGGUCCGCCUGGACAUGUCUGAGUUCAUGGAGCGCCACACGGUGUCGAAGCUCAUUGGGUCUCCCCCCGGCUACGUCGGCUACAACGAGGGCGGCCAGCUCACAGAGGCCGUGCGGCGGCGGCCGUACACGGUGGUGCUUUUCGAUGAGAUCGAGAAGGCCCACCCCGAUGUGUUCAACAUGAUGCUGCAGGGGCCGCGCAACUGCGACCUGACAGUGUUCUUUACUGGCAGGGUGCUGUUCUGGGGGCAGAUCCUGGAGGACGGCCGCCUGACCGACUCCAAGGGCCGCACGGUGGACUUCAAGAACACGCUCAUCAUCAUGACGUCCAACGUCGGCAGCAGCGUCAUCGAGAAGGGCGGCCGCAGUUUUGGCUUCUUCCUGCGCCCCGACGACGACGACAGCGCUGAGGACAUGAGCUACGGCCGCAUCAAGUCGCUGGUGGGCGAGGAGCUCAAGUCGUACUUCCGGCCCGAGUUCCUCAACAGGCUGGACGAGAUCAUCGUGUUCAGGCAGCUGACCAAGAAGGAGGUCAAGCAGAUCGCGGACAUCAUGCUAAAGGACGUGUUUAAGCGCGCCGAGGAGAAGGCCCUGAAGCUGGAGUUCACCGAGAAGUUCAAGGACCGCCUCGUGGACGAGGGCUUCAACCCCACCUACGGCGCCCGCCCCCUGCGCCGCGCGAUCAUGCGGCUCAUUGAGGACUGCCUCGCGGAGCGCAUCCUGUCGGGCGACGUCAAGGAGGGGGACGUGGUCAUCAUGGACGUCGACCCCGACGGCGCGAUCGCGGUGCUGGCGGGCGACAAGAAGAUGCGCCAGGUGUUGGACGCCACACCCGCGGGCAUCUCGUAA